AUUCUCCGCUGCAUAACUGUGGGCAGCACCGUUCCACAACAACAAACUGAAGCAACUAAGAUGGCCGCAGCCAACGACGCUAGCGUCGUAACUUGCACAAAUAAUUCGGAUUAUGCCGUCAUUUGCUCCUUUUUCGAACAGUUUGGAGACAAAUCUGGAUUACUGUUUCCUUCGUUUCACGAUCUGCAACAAAUGCUAGAAAAUGUUGAAGAAGUUCCUUAUCCACUCAUUGAAUUGCAUGUCAAACUCAUGAGGAAGCUAAAAAAGUCUGUCAACUUUGAUCGCUGGGAAAAAGCAGCUGCCAAGUAUGCCCAUACCUACUCAGAUCAAGAUGGAUGGGAAAUUGAAAGGUUUGGAUACAAGAAGAUUAAUCUUGCUGUAAAAUUACGGUUACUAAAGAAUUUACUUGAAGCACAGUUUGAUGGCAACAUAAAGUUCAAAAAUGAAAUUAAUAAAGUGACUAGUGAUGAGUUAAGGUUACAGCCUCUUGGAAAGGAUAUUCAAGGCAGGCGCUACUGGCAUCUUCUUGAUGAUGACUGCAAUUUGAGAGUUUAUCGUGAAGAUCUAGAUGAAGAAAGCUGGGACCUAGUAUCUAGUGACAAGGAAAGUAUGCUGAAACUCAUUGAGCACCUAAAUUCUUGUAAAGAUUUGCAAGAAGAUGGAGGAACCUCUCCUGCAACAUCGGAAGAAAACAGUGCUAAUGGCCAAGAAGAAUAUCCUAAAAUUGACACUGAAGACCAAGUACAACAACCAGUUGAGUGUCCUACUGGGGCAAAGAGAUUAAAAUCUGAAUCUGUUGAAGUUCCAGCUACUUCAGAUUCACACAUGGAGUGCAUUGUAGGGGAAACCAUUGAAAGCCCAGUCCUUGUAAUUAAGGGUGAAGGAAAUGGGGCAGACUGUGACACCGGUAAUCCUGGUGAAGGCAAAAAUGAAGAAUCGUGUGAGUCUCACUGUUCAAAUAGCGAGCAGGGUAAACUGGGCAAUACUAGUGUUGUUGCUUGUGAAUCAGAUGAGUUAAACCCCUGUACCGAACCAGGUGACCCCUUGGCGAUCUUGCAACCAAAGGCGGAAUCAUUCAGUUCAGUGUCAAGUAGUGUUUGCAAUUCUAACACUUCAACUUCCGGUUCGGAUAAUGUGACAAAGGCUCAUCAUUCGCAAUUAGAGAACGAAACCAGUGUUGAAGCAAAAAGUGUCACAAAACUUACAGUUCCCGAAAAUUCUUCUGAAAAUCCAAGUGCUUUAAAUUCUCACGAUAAGGAAAUAUCCGGCUCGUCAUGUAAACAAACUGGUUCAGCCAUCGUCCAUCCUCCAUCCAGUAGCGCCGAUUCUUGCAAAGAGAUGAUACAUGUCGAAAGCAGUUUAACAACCGUUCUUCAUGAGGAUGAGCCUGUCAGUAUUGAGAAACCGUCUGUCGAAGCAAAUGUAUUUCCUAAUCAGGAAGGAUAUCUCAAACCAUCAGAAGAUAAUGGUAUUGCAAAAGAAUCCAACGAUGAUGAAAAUAGGCCUCUCAUAGUAGACACCACGGACCGUUGUGCCGUUCCUGAACAGACUUCCACCUUUGAAAAUUCAACUCAGCUACCCUUUUCACAAAAUCAAGAGCUUCCAAAAUUUGGCUGUUCUUCACCAAUUGUUGGGCUAAAUCCUAUACAACUCAAAUUCGCAACCGCAGAAGAAUCGGCCCCUAUUUCCGAUGGUCCAAUUUCUAGCGACCACUGUUCUCCAUCAACCUCCGAAAUCGUUACCCCUAACCUAAUGCCGUCAACGGAAUGUAUACCUAGUGCUAUAGAGGAAGAAAAACAAAUUGCCGAACCCCUUUCAGUGCCGGCCUGUUCUACUUUGGUACAAAAGGAUUCGUCUGAAAUUGAAGAAUCUCAUUCAGAACAAAUAGUAGAACUUAAAAACGAACCUUUAGAAAAUUCAAAUUCGAAUGUAAUAAUAAAUGCAAAUACUACUGAGGCAGAAAGCCAGCUUCCGAUUCAAACCACUCAUGAAUCUCCUGCCCAAUCUGGAAUCAACCAUGAAAUAGUGAUUCCCGUGGUUGACUGUUCCACCCCAUGUGAUGAAAACAGUAUAUGGAAAGUGGACGAGACGUCCAAGUCCAGCGAUGUGCCUAAUGUUUUAAAGGAAAGCAACAUUGAAGAAUCUGGACCGCUCGACUUCGGUGUGGCAAGUGCAAUACAGUCGGCAAAAUCUUUUCUCCCUGGCGCUGUGCCAGUGAGUGAAAGAGCAGCAAAUGUUGCUGUUGUCGAUUGUACAAAAGACAGUGAUCCUCCGUCUGCACCGUGUAGUUUACAAGAAACGCCUCAGUGCUCUGAAAGUGACCCCAUCAGUGGGAGUACAAUCCCUCUCACGUUGAAAGAAGAAAAUAACUACUCAUCACCUGGAAAUGAAAGUGAAGGAACAAAUGAAGUCCACUCCAGCCGUAGUGAUGUGCCGCUGACCCAAACGAACGAUUUGACUAGUGUUUUACCAGCCGUAGGCACUACGUCUGCCCCAGUGCCCGAUGUUGAAAAAAGUUCCGAAACGCGGACUUGUCCUGAUACCGUAAAUCAAUCCGAUUCGGAUGAAUGUGUAGUGAAUGUUGUAAGAACAAGCCCCGAACCUACAUCAAAUGAGGUUGAUACCGUGUCGGUUUCCAAAUUGUCUGAAUUUCGAUGUGUAAGUCCUGAAGAUCUACAAGAUGCGGAGAAACUAAACAGCAGCACCGUGCAAGAGCUCACAAAUGAAAAGGAAAUUCAAUGUACAAUGGAGGACAAGUUGCAUCCGGUUGACAAUGAACCUUCCACCAAUCGGAUAGAAAAUAUUGCAGAUAAAGAAGAACCCGCAGAAACGGAGUGUUUAAGUAGCUCUGAGGAGCAAGGGGGAACAGACACGACAAUCCUAAAGGACGAACAAUCCUUACGAGAUUUACAAAAAGGAAAUGAAAUUACGAAUACUAUGGAUAUACUUGACAAAAAAGUUUCUGCGGACGAAUCAGAGGCUAUUGAAAAAAUACCAAAUACCUCUACAGAAAAAAGCCUGUUUUCAACUGAAAAAGGAGAUGAGUUCUUCGUUUCGCAAAAGAACGUGUUGAAUGAAGUGCGGCUCGAGAAGGCUUUGGAAAAAGAGGAGAUUGAAAGCGUACGAUUAACGUCGAGAAAAGACGAAAUAACACCAGUCCAACACCAUUGUGAAUCAGACGCAACUUCACAAGAGAUCAUAUUAAAUCAAGAUGAUGCGCUGAAAGCAGAAGAAAACAAUCAAGCUACUACACUAGCUGAAGUCCCAACUGGACCGGACAUUGCGAUCGUUCCAGAUUCUAGCCGGGAAAUGGAAUCAAGUACAAUUUCAGAGGACAUAAAGCCUGAACAGGUUGAUGAGUCCAAGGCAGAAGAAAAUCCGAUGGCAACUACCCUAGCUGUAAUUCCAUCCGGAUCAGAGGUUGCGGAAGAACCAGAAUCCAACCUAAAGCUUGAAUCAAACGAAAUUUCGCAGGACCUAGUGAGUAAGCAGCCUGAUAAGCCUAAAGCAGCAGAAGACUCAGUUGCAACUCCUCCAGCUAAGAUCCCAUCCGAACAAGAGGUUGCGGACGAAACAGACGCCGACCCAGAGCAUGAAUCAAACGCGAUUUCGCAGAACAUAGAGUAUAAACAGGCUGAUAAGCCUAAAGCAGAAGAAGACUCAGUUGCAACUGCCCCAGCUGAGAUCCCAUCCGCGCAAGAGGUUGCGGACGAAACAAACCCCGACCCAGAACAUGAAUCAAACGCGAUUUCGCAGAACAUAGAGCCUAAACAGGGUGAUGAGUCCAAAGCUGAAGAGAAUUCAGUAGUACCUGCACUAGCUGAGGUCCCAUCCGAACCAGAGGUUGCUGAAAACCCAGAACCCAACCCGGAACAGGAAUCAGACACGAUUUCGCAGGACAUACAGCCUAAACAGGCUGAUGAAUCUAAGGCGGAAGAAGAUUCAAUAGAAACUGCCCAAGCUAAGAUCCCAUCCGGAUCAGAGGUUGCGGAAAAAUCAGACCCCAACCAGGAACUUGAAUCAAACGCGAUUUCGCAGAACAGAGAACCGACACAGGCAGAUGAAUGUAAGGCAGAAGAAGACUCAACAGCAACUGCCUUAGCUGUGCUCCCAUCCCGACUAGAGGUUGCGGAAGAACCUGACCCAAACCUUGAACUUGAAUCAAAUGCCAUUUCACAGGACAUAGAGCCGAAACUGACUAUUUCGCAGAACAGCGAGCCUCAACAGAAUUAUGAAUCUAAGACAGAAGACGACUCAGCAGCAACUGCCCUAGCUACGGUCCCAACCGUACCAGAGGUUGCGGAAGAACCAGACACCAAUCAGGAAUCAAACGGGAUUUCGAAGGAUAUAGAGACUAAACGUGCUAAUAAGCCUAAAGCAGAGGAAGAGCAAGUGGCAACUGCCUUAGCUAAGCUCCCACCCAAACCAAACGUCAGGUUGGAUGAUCCACCAAAAAUUGAGUCAAUCAUAGUGGAAACCGCAAAAGUUUUAAAGGAAGAAACAGAAAAAGAUGCAGACAUCUCUACACCUCCAGAGAAACAAGAGGCAAUUCUACUUAAGUUUCCAAAAGAAGUUCCGCAUCUAAUGGUUUCUGAGAUCAAAGAAAAGAGUGAAUUGAUGCAGGGCUUUGAUGGUAACUGCAAGGUUUCGAUAGAUCCUGUUCAGAAGGAAUUAAAAGAGGAAAUCCUCGUUGCUGUUAUAAAGCAGGAGUCACCGUCAGUUCAUGAAGAACCAGAAUCAAACUCGAUUCCUAUGAUUCCACCAAAAAGCGAACAGUGGCAAACAGAAUCUGGAAAGGUCUUGACCUAUAAAGUUCCUGAAAACGAAGAAGUUUCUGUUCCGACUGUAAAGGACGUCCAGUCCGAUGUUCGCAAUGAGGUUCUGUCAGGCGCAACGUCGGAGGCUGCAACAGAAAAGGAACCGUCAGGAGAAGAUACAAAAAUUUGCGUUUCAGAAAGUGAGCAAUCGGAAGAAAAGGUCAAGAUUUCGUCAUUCAAACAAGAACUUGUAAUUCCAAAAGGUCAGCUGAACACAGAACUUCAGAGCGAUGGAGACACUAUGAUGAGUUCUCAACUUGAAAUCCCUGUGCUUCUUGUGAAAGAGGAAUCACCCCCUAUGGUCCCAGAUAAAAGUAUAUCAGACGACAUCCGUGACGGUUGUGGUAGUAAAAUUCCAAUUGCAGUGCCAGAGAAAAAUCAGGGAGAAGAGCGGUCCGUAGCUGAUGAGUUAGAGACAAUUCCGAGAUCUGCGUCUUCUGAUGGCAAAGAACCCGUGCAAAAAACACCUGCCUUGUCCAUCCCUGAAAAGGAGGAGAAAGAAGCCGUCGCCAUAUCUGAAGUUGUGAAAUCGGAAGAAAGCGAUACACUGCCCAAAGUACCCAAUUCUUCUGAAACGCCACAAAAUGUGGAAGAGAAGACAACAGAUCAACCCAGUACAGAAAAAUCUUCGAAUUUAAAUCAGUUAACUUUCGAUUUCGAUUCUUCUGCUCCAGUGGCAAUAAUUUUACCGCCUUCAAAGAAGCCAGAUACGUCAACCAAGCGCCGUGGACGGAAGCGAGGAAGAUGUGGUCUUGAUGGCAACACUGACAGCGGUAAAGAAAAUGACGCCCAGCCGAUGGUUCUCCGACAGAGCUCACGUAUUGCAAAAUUACGAGAGAAAGAGGAUGAAGAUCGACGCAAGGAGGAAGCGGCACGUUUACAGCGGCUGAAGGAAGAACAUGAGCGUCGGGAGAAAAGGCGAUCUGCCCGUGAUGAGAAGAUGAAGAAGAUGGAAGAGAAACAACAACGACGACAGUUGAAAACCACUACUAGAGAGGAUGUGACCUACAGGCAAAGUGAAGAGGAAUCUUCUAGUUCUGACGAGGAAAAAAAUUCCGAAGAGGAAGGUCGCAAGAAAAAAAGCAAAAAGGACAAGCGAAAACAUAAGAAGAAGAAAAUUGACCGUCCAUGGGAUUCAACAGAUUCCAGUGAGAAAAGCAGUGAAAGUGAUGUAGAUGGGUUGGAUGACCUACAGGUAGAAGAAGAGAACGAAGAGCUUGUCUUCAAAUCUGAUCACGAAUUCUCACCUGAGUCAGACUUGGAUGACGAAGAGGAGACCGUCCAGCCUACCAAACAUGCUAGGACUGCAAGAGCUGGUAUUGUUCCUAAAAAGAGGGGUCGAUCCAAGAAGGUUAAAGUAGAAGAAGAAAUUGAAGAAGAAGAGGCUGUAGCAACCGAAGAAGAAGAGGAAGAAGAAGAAGCCAAGUGUCACAAAUGUGGCCAAUCUGAUCAUCCAGAAUGGAUCCUACUCUGCGACCGCUGUGAUGGUGGAUGGCACGCCAAUUGCGUCAAACCACCUUUGCUGGUCAUUCCUGAAGGCCAUUGGUUUUGCCCACCCUGCGAUCAUGCCACGCUGUUGGAACGUUUGCAAGAAAGACUCGAAGCCUAUGAAUUUUUGUUGCAAGAGAAAGAAGCGGAACUCGAAAGGAAGAAAGAGCAAGAAUUGGAGGCUAAACUUGCCAAGGAAGAGGCUGAUAAACAGGCAUUGUUGGAAGCGGAAGAAGAAGCUCAAGAAGACGACGAGGAGGAUGAAAAAAUUAGUGAGGCUGGAGACUUGGGUGCCGAUGGUGAAGACGAAGAAACUUCAGAAGAUAGCGGAGAGGAUGAAGACGAGGAAGAUGAGGAUGAUGCAGAGAACGACGAAAGUGACGAAAAUCUGAACGGAAGAAGGCAACGCAAAGCCGCCAAACAAGCCAAUUAUUCCUUCAAGGACUUUGAUGAUAUGAUCAAAUCUGCUUUAAGGGAUGAAGGUGACGAAGAGGAAGAAGAAUCAGGCGGCAAAGGUAAAGGCAAAGGUCCGAGGUCCGGCGUUGAAGGCAAUAGCGAAGACGAUGAAGAUAAGCCUCGAUCACCACCAGGGUCCCGUCCAUCAGGCAUCGGCAACAAACGAAUCUCCACCAGCGACGACGAUAGCGACGUCAUGCCUCAAGUCCUCCGCAAAAAGAAGGCUCGUAAACUCAACGACCUGAGCGCCACGAGCAAUGAGGACGAUUCAGACGAAGAUUUCCAGGGCUCAUCCGCUGAAGGCAGCGACAGCGAUGAUGACGACGAAGAGGCCAGUGACAGUGGAGACAGCUUUGUUGUGGACGAUGAUAGUGACGAUGAUGAUGUCAUCCACGUCAGAGCUAAAAAGAAGGCAAGAGUAGCCUCCCCCACCAUCCGGCGAUCGGCUAGGAGCUCCCGCAAAAGAAAUCUUCGAAUGGAUAGCAGCGAUACGAGUGAAGAAGAAAGCGAAUACGAGGAAAAGCCGACCAAACGAAAAAAAGGCAAUGAAUCCUGGGACUCAUCAGGAGCAUCGAGCAGUGAUGCAUCGUGGGGCAGAUCAAAGAAACGAAGUGCGACCAAAAGUAGAGCCAAACCAGUUGCUGCUCCAAAACCCAAGCCCAAGCCACCUCCCCGUAAGGCGCCUGCCAAUCGAGGUAGAGGUCGUGGAGGUCGGACCAACAAAGUGGAAUCGGACGACGAGCCUUUCCGCUCGAAUGUCAGCGUAAAAAAGCUAAAGGAAGCUCAGCCAGUGAAGGCACAAGAGGAAGAAGAUAGUGAUCACGCUCAGAAGCGCACUACUCGUGGGCGACAGAUCAGUUAUAAGGAGCUGAUUAGCUCAGGAGACAGCCAAGACGAAGACGGCAACACCGCCAAGAAAAUGGGAACGUUGUUCGCAGCUGACCGUAUAAGGAACAUGCCCGGCGCAGCCAUUAGAGGAGGUGCCAGCCGAAGGGGAGGCCGUGGGGGAGUAAUAACACAAGCACCAAGCCGUGUGAAUGUGUCUGGUGAUGACAGCACACCUGUGCCUGUCAGUGUCAUUUCUUCUCGGAUUGGUGCAGCUCUCAACCAAGACGAUGAAUCUCGUUUUUCCGGUUCUACUGAUACGAUCGAAUUCAGUAGCGCGGUGGCAUCUGCCACAGCCGCCGCAUCCGCCUACACGACCGGGGACGAGAGCCACACUUCCACUGACAUCGUUACGCCCAGCAUAGAUCCUGAUUUAUCUACCUUGCCCUUAGUUCUGCCUCAGGAAGACGAAGCAAGUCCCCUAAUCAAAGAAGAGCUUCCAGCUAUUGUUCCUGUCCCUGUUCUGUCACAGGACCUUCAAAUUUCUAGAUUAAUUCAGCAGCGGCCAGUCGAUGUUCCACCUACAUUACCACCCGACUUGCAGAUCAAUCGUCUCAUUAAUUCUCAUACUAUUUCGAGCAGUAACAGUAGCCCGGCGAGACAGAGUCCAGGAAUUCUACCACAACAGCGGCUGCUCCGAGACGUUCUGGACAGCCAAACACCGCCACCUGCCGUCCAGCUAUCUCCAAUAUUACCGACGCAGCCGCCAAUCAUUGCGCCUAGUGUCGAACCUCCCCUCUACAGCCACGGCGGGGUCAUCAAACAGACGAGGCAUUCUCUACCGCCAACGCCUCCGCUUUAUUCCAGUCCCCAUGUCGUGAAAACUAGCGAUUUGAUUGCUUCGUCGACACCACCAUCUGUCAUUAGGCCUUAUCCCACGACAGCAACAGCGUCUCCGUUGAGCCCAAGCAUUAGCGGAAGCUCAACACCUGGUAACCCUCUCAGUAUUCAAGGACUGCUAGGAACUGGUCACGGUUCUCCUGGUUCGAAUCCUUCGGCUCCACCAUCUUCGCAUCCUAGUGGUCAUUUACGGCCGUACGGCAAUACAUCGCACAUGAUAGGCCACGGACCAUUCCUCAAUCAUACGCCUUACGGAAGUCCGUACAGUGCCGUGCCGCCUUCACGGACGAGCUAUAUGGGGACGCCUGUCACCCCGACUCCCCGUCCGGCCUACUCGCCCAUGUAUCCGACAUCCCACAUGCCGCCGCACGGCCUGCCACUGCAUUCACCGUAUCAACAUCAUGGCCCACCUCUGAGACCGACUUCUAGCUACCAGCAUGCCGGUUUCCCGCAGGCCUUUGCGGCUGCAGCUGCAGCUGCCGCCAGUGCCGAAGAAGAGCGUAGAAUUUAUAGAGUUGCAGCUCAGACGUCUAGGGAAUCUGGAGCAGAUAACUACGAGCCAGCAGCAAGCGCUGGGCUGUUGUUGAAAGGUGGUGCCGAAGAUCCUGCGCCAGCAACCGCAGUGCCUCCCGAAAGUGAAUUUGGUGGACUGGUGUCUUACUUCUCAAGCCAGCAGGAAGAUUUCGAAGAAUCAUGAAUCAAAUGUAUAAAUAGCUCAUCGACAGCUGGGCCGGACUUGCCAGUUUCUCAACUUCGAUCGUUUCUAACCCAAUCCCCCUGCCCUCACCCUGUACUCUCCCGUCUUCCUAUUUUUUUUUUCUCAUUUCUUUUAUUUUACAAUCGUGUCAGCGCUACAUCUUUUUGAAUCGGCAUCUACUUCUUUAUAACGUAUGAGACAAAAUCGAUAUUUGCUCUUAUUUGCUUUGAUGAUUUUUAGCAAGUGCUAUUAUUUAUAGCCUGAAUUUUUUAUGUCUUAUUUAUUGAUUUCGCACAAGCGAAACUUUCCUUCUUCUGUUUUCCUUUUAUGACUACCACUAGCUUAUUUUUAAAAAAGAGAAGAAAAAUGUACUCCUUUAUUCUAUUUUCCUUUGUCGAAUUUGCGUGGCUUGUUAGACCUAUAAUAACACGUGCUUGUACAAUUCAUCUUACUGGAAAACAAACGAAAAAUUCGAACAGAAGGAAUAACAAUCAUAUGCAAAUA